AAUCGGUGAGUUGGUGUGGUGACACUGCCGGCCCAAAUUCGCCGCGAUAGUAUUUUUCGCCCGUGUGUUCACACUGCGGUUUGCAGCGAAUUCGCUCAUUUGAAAAAAAUAAAACAUGGCUGGAAGAGGUGGUUAUGAACACGCUAGAGGCGGAUUCGGUGGGGAUCGGGCAUCCAAGCAGUUGCCCACGGAACCACCCUUUAUCGCAUUUGUCGGCAAUCUGCCACAAGGCCUUGUGCAGGGCGAUGUGAUCAAAAUAUUCCAGGACUUUGAGGUGAAGUACGUGCGGCUGGUGAAGGACCGGGAAACGGAUCAGUUCAAAGGCUUCUGCUACGUGGAGUUCGAGACGCUGGACAAUCUGGAGCGGGCGCUAGAGUGCGAUGGUCGGAUCAAACUGGACGAUCUGUCGGCGCCGCUGAGGAUCGAUAUUGCCGAUCGGCGGAAAAAUGAUCGCCCUGGUGGCGGUGUUGGCGGCGGCAACGGCGGCAUGACCCGCGGCGAUGGCGGCAGAGACGGUUUCCAGAAGCGCGGCCCACCUCGCCAGGGCGGCAGCAGUCAGUCCUACAGCCGGGGAGGUCCUGGCACUGGCGGCGGCGGUCGGGAGGGCGGCGGCGGUUCGGGUAAUCGCGGCGAUAGUAGAGGUUCGUACAAUGAUAGUUAUGGUGGUCACAAUGAUAGAAGUCGCGGCGGCGGCGGCAGCGGCGCGGGCUCCGGCGGUGGCAUGAAUAGAGGAUACAAUGAUCGGCCGGCAAAUCGUGGUCGGUACGGCAAUUUCAACAACGACGAUCGACCAUUCGAUCGUAACCAGGAUCGGGAUCGCGGCCAGCGGGAAGGCAGCUAUGGCAAUCAGUCGCGCGACGGCGAUCGCUACAACAACUUCAGCCGGCACCGCGACCGCGAGCGCACCCACUACAACCCCAACCAGCAGAGCGAACGUCCCAGUGGCGGCAUGAGCGGCCUCGGCGGCGGCUCCGGCGGAUCGGGAGGCCUGGGCGUUGGCGGUGGCGGUGGUUCCUCAAUGGGCGCCAUUGACGAUAAUGAGCGGCCACGUCUGCAGCUGAAGCCACGGACCAUUGCCGCGCCCAUCAACGCGGUGGCAGAGACCAAGCAAUCGGCCUCGAUCUUUGGCAACGCCAAGCCGCGCGAGGAGAAGCUGAAGGAACUGCAGCAAAAUGUCAAUCACAACGGCGAUAACUAGAGGGCAGGAGUCGGUCCGCAAUACAAUAUGCCUGAUAUGAUAUUUUGGUGUGCGAGAACGAGGGAAACCGAGAUAGAGCGAGAGAAGGAGAGAAUAUGGAGGAGUAUGAGAAGGAGGAGAAGGAGAACAAGGAGGAGGAGAAGGAUGAGGAUGAGGAUGAUGACAAGAAGGAGCAUCAGCAGCAUGCAUAUAUAAACACAUACAUUAAUUAAUAACACUACGCUACAUACCUAUUAUAUACGAAAGAUAUGUACUACAUUACAAGAUCGAAGAUGAAACAACAGGCUGGCCUCUGUGUCUCUGUGUCAGUGUCCAGUGUCAGUCAGCAAGCAAUCAAGCUAGCAAGCAAUCAAGCUAGCAAGCAACUUAGCAGCAAGAGCAACAGCAAUAGCAGUAAAAUCAGCACAGCAACAAUCAACAUGCAACAUACAACAUGCAACAUCAGCAACAAAGCCAAGCAGCAAUUAUGCAACCAUUCUAACUCUUUGCAACCACAAAAAAACAUCCGCAACAGCAAUGGAAAGUCUAUAAAUGUUAGUCCUUAAGCAGCGAUAAACUUUAGUCUCGUGCAUAUGGCCUAUAUAUAGUAUAUAUACGGUUAUGUGCGAUUCAUGUACAGCAGCUGUAUGCACGCUGCUAUUUGUUAGUUAAGUGAUGCAUAUAAACCAACAAAACAAAACAAAAGAAAAGUUCUACCAUUAAGGUAUAAAUAGUAAACAAAAAACAAGUAAAACAAAACAAAAAAAUGAAAAGAAUACAAAACAAAAAAAGCAAAAAACUCGAAAAACAAAGCAAAAAUCGAAAACAAAAACUUUUUGACAAAACGUUCAGCGUAGCAGGCAGGCAAUUUAUACAGUUUAUAUAGCAAAAAAAAAAGAAGAAAAAAAAAACGAAAAAUCCAAAAAAAAACAUAACGAAAACAAUUAUUGAACAUAUAUACCUUAUGAAAUUUAAAACACCAACAACAGAUCUUACAAAACAAAUCGCAGAGAAGCAGAACAUCAACUACGUACGUAAAAUACAAAAAAAAAAGAUAAGAACGGAAAAGUAAUCGUUGAAGAUCCACUAAAAGAAAUGCGCAGAAACUUUAUAUAGCUAGCAAGAAAGCAAUCAACUACAUAGGUCUUAUGUAGCUGAAGAUAAAGUUAAAGCCUAAGCAGACCAAACUAUGCAAAUAUUAUUUUGAUAUCCACCCAUUAUACACUUUAACCAUUUAUGUCAGUUUCAUUUACAACUACCUUCGGUUUAAAUAUUUCUUUGCCUAUAUUUGUACAUUUACUUUUCUAAUAUUGAAUUGUCGUGCACAUAGGAUCUGAUUUCUUUGUAGAUACCCUUGAUAUAAGACGAAAAAAUUAUGGAAAGCAAUGUAUACAUUUUAUUGUUGUUUGUGUGUUUCAAUUAUUAUUUGCAUAAGUAAAAAGCGUUUUUCCCUUCUUAACGACCUCUUCUUUGUUUCCUCACCAGUUUUUUUAAACAAUUUUUUUUGAUACCUUGCAAGAGCUGAUUAAUCGCGAAAGUUGUAAAUUAAUUUGAAAAUAAAGCGAAAAAAAUUAAAUAAGAAUGUACCGUAUCGGUUUGGUGUUUUCCUUCGGACAUUUCGGAAUUCGAUUUUUUCGGAGUGCGGCUCAAAAGUUAAAGGCUCAGCACUUUGUAUAUACAAAAUAAUCAAAUCUUACCCCGUUGCCGCAAGUAAACCACUGUUGUGUAGUCCAGUCCGAAUCGGCCAUGUCCUGCUCUGGAUUCCGAUACCAAGCCCUGCCCAAUCCAAUCCAAUCCAAUCCAAUUUAAUCUAAUCUAAUCUAAUGCAGUGCAGUCCAAUUCAAUAUCCCAGAAACACAGGAACACAAAAGCCGAAUUGACCGACUUAACCGACUUGACCAGCAGGCGCAGCAAAGAAGCAAGUAGGAAUACAGAUCAGAGUGUGUGUAGCAGUUAAAGUAAAGUAAAUUACGUUUAAUAUACCUUUAAAGCUAAAGAUAAACUUAAAAUAUAUAAUUUUUAGCACCAAUACCGUAAGCAGUCAAUGAUUUACACUAACGAAAGCGGACAAACAAUAUUUGUAACUCCUCAAAAAAAAAAAAAAUAA